AUGAGAGUUGUGGCCAGGACGCGGUUGGCGGCAGCGGGGCAGACGCCGUCGAACUGUAGAACGCGGCCGUCGGCAGCGACAGUGCGCAGCGAGCCGCCGCGCAGGGAGGUGGUCGCGAGCGAUGCGCGUGCCCUUGCCAUGGAUGUGUGGAGCGCGGGUGCAGCGUGCGCGCGAGCGCCAGCCCCGUUGACGCCGGCACGGCCGCCGGCACACUUUGCGCUCACUUUCUUUCCCGGCGCCGGCGCCGGCGCUGGCGCACACCCGCCUUCGCACCGGACACAAGUACAGGCUGCGGAGGGCGGAGGAGCGGCGGCGGGCGCAGGCGGUGCGGUUCGCGCCGCCGUUCCCUGCAGGGUGUGCGGCGACAAGGCCUCCGGCUACCACUACGGCGUUACCUCUUGCGAGGGCUGCAAGGGCUUCUUCCGGCGUAGUAUACAGAAGCAAAUCGAGUACAGGUGCCUGCGCGACGGCAAGUGCCACGUCAUCCGCCUAAACCGCAACCGCUGCCAAUUCUGCCGCUUCAAAAAGUGCCUUGCCGUCGGCAUGAGCCGCGACUCGGUGCGAUACGGUCGAGUGCCGAAGCGGUCGCGCGAGUGCGACACCAUGCCUGAACUGGUGCAUACAGAGAAUGAGAUGGGCGUAGGCGCAGCACCAGGCGUGGCACCAGGAUCGGCACCAGGUGCGGCACUAGGCGCGGCACCAAGCGCGGCAUCCAGCGUGGCACCAAGCGCGGCACCGGGCUCGGGAGCGGCAGAGCCUCCAGCCGUGACACUCGGUGGGGCUCGUUCUGAAACUAGUCCAGAGCCCAGAGCCAGGGAGGCUGACUUGGGUCUGGAGGCGAGGGCGGAGGCUGGGGUGGAUGCGGAUGCGGAGGCGCAGGGCGGUGGUGAGGAGCCGGCGCAAGAGCUGGCGCGGGUUGUGUUUGCCGCGCACUGCAAUAACAACACAUACACGGAUGAGCUGCGCCGCUCCUUGUACAACCAUUCUAUCAUUGUGCUCGACGACUUCGACAACGAAGGUGAUGGAACAGGAAGCGGCGAGGCAGCGCUGCUGUGGCACCGACUGGCGGCGCGCAUGACGCCGCAUGUGCAUGAGGUGGUCGGCUUCGCCAAGCGCCUCCCGGGCUUCUACGCUUUACCUCAGGAUGAUCAGCUUAUACUUAUAAAGCUGGGGUUCUUCGAGGUGUGGCUGACGCGGGCCGCGCGGCUGUCGACGCCUGCGCAGCUCGUCUUCGACGACGGCACCGCCUUCACGCACCACCACCUCGAGAUACUUUAUGAUCAUGAGUUCGCCGGGGCGGCGCUUGCGUACGUGGCGGCGCUGCGUCGGCUGCGCGCCUCCGAGCAAGAGCUGGCGCUGCUUACGGCGGGCUUGCUGCUCAGCCCACAUCGCGCGCCGCUGGCCGCGCGCGACCGCGUUGCUCGUCUGCACCGGGCCCUCGAUGACGCCCUUCGUCACCUCGCGCGGGAGGGUCGUGCGGCGGCGUUCGCGGCUGCGGCGCGGUCAGCGCGCGCGUUGGGACGGCGGCACCACGAGCUGCUGUGGUGGCCGCGCGCGCAAUGGCGCCGGCUCGCGCUGCCCGCGCUCUUCGCCGAGGUGUUCGACAUACCCAAGGCCGAGGACGAUAACGACGCCCAAUUCCCCAGACUCGAUACACACAACGCGCCAUCUCUGAAUUGA